UUGGUCGCAUUUAAUGCAAUCUCAGUACUACAUGACUCUCUGUGAUAAGCAGCUCCAAUGUCUCUCUCUUCUAUCUUCUCUCUUCUCUCUGGGUUUCUCAAGAUUUUCAUGAGCUACUGCUUAAUGUAUAACUCUAGCUCCCAUUUUCACCACUCAAUUCCUCUCUCUACACUUCUUUAGUCGGCAAAAAAAAACAAAACAAAAAAAAAUAGGAAAUUUUUGGAGAAGCUUAGCUUUAUUAAAAAGGGUCUUUGAAGAUGUUAUGAUGUUAUUACUUUGCGGUCUGAGAUCUUGAAAGGGGUAAGUUUCUUUUUGUUUUCCGCUGCAGAAGAACAGAGAGCCAAGAGAGGUCCUUCUUUGACAUUGGUUGUCUGAAUUUUCCUACUUUGUUUCCUAAAUCUUCGGAGUCUGUCUUGCUUCUCGUUCCUUUGUUUCUUCGACACUAAUUCAGCUCUCAUUGCUAGAAAUUUCUUUUCUUUCAUAUGUUGCAUGCCCUUGAUUGCAGUCUCGUCCUAAAGAUCACAGUUUUGUGGUGACUGGUUUGCUUUUUACCAAUCAAGGGUCACACUCUUUAGUCAAUCUAUGGAAUGUCUCAGAAAGUGAACGCAGUAAGUAGCUAAGAAGCGUUUGGGUUGACUUCGAAAAGUAGCUAAGAAUGAGAAUGUUCGAAAGGAGAGCAAGGGAAUGGACUCUCCUUGUAAAGCUUGUGCUUUUCACUAGUAUAUGGCAGCUUGCUUCAGCUCUUGGUUCAAUGUCUCCAAUUGCAAUUUCCUACGGAGAAGGUGGUUCUGUAUUAUGUGGUCUGAAAUCUGAUGGGUCUCAUCUUGUGGUUUGCUACGGAUCAAACUCAGCGAUCCUCUAUGGGACUCCUGCUCACUUCCAGUUCAUCGGUUUAACGGGUGGAGAUGGGUUUAUGUGUGGGCUUCUGAUGCAAUCUUAUCAGUCUUCUAAAGAUUCAGCCUUUACGAAAGAUAAUGGCAAAAUCCGUCCUGAUCUUGAUGAGCUGCAAAAGCGCAGAAGGGCUCGAGUUUUCACUUAUGAGGAACUUGAAAAGGCUGCCGAUGGAUUCAAAGAAGAGUCAAUAGUGGGGAAAGGGAGUUUCUCAUGUGUGUACAAAGGAGUACUGAGAGAUGGAACCACUGUUGCGUUGAAGAAAGCGAUAAUGUCAUCAGACAAACAGAAGAACUCAAAUGAGUUUCGCACGGAGCUUGAUCUGUUAUCAAGACUCAACCAUGCUCAUCUUCUCAGCCUUCUCGGAUACUGCGAAGAAGGUGGAGAAAGGCUUCUGGUUUAUGAGUUUAUGGCACACGGCUCACUGCACAACCAUCUUCAUGGAAAGAACAAGGCCUUGAAAGAACAACUAGAUUGGGUCAAACGAGUAACGAUUGCUGUCCAAGCUGCUAGAGGAAUCGAAUANGUGGGAAGAAGACAGAGCAGCAACGUUUCUUCUUCUUCCCUUGUUGAUUGUUGGGGAUAUAAUAUGACCAGAAACUUUGUCUUUGGUAAGCAGAUACAUUCUCUCUCGGCUGGCGCCGAGUUCAACUGCGGGCUGUCCUCCAAAGAUAAGUCUGUUUUCUGUUGGGGCGACGAGAACAGCAGCCAAGUAAUCAGUUUAAUCCCAAAGGAAACAAAGUUUCAGAAAAUUGCAGCUGGUGGAUACCAUGUCUGUGGCAUUCUUGACGGGUUGAAUUCGAGAGUGCUCUGUUGGGGAAAGAGCUUUGAGUUCGAAGAGGAGAUCUCAGGGACGUCGACAGGGGAACAGAUUCUUAAUUUACCACCAAAAGAGCCACUCUUGGCAGUGGUUGGUGGAAAGUUUUAUGCUUGUGGAAUCAAACGUUAUGAUCAUAGUGCGGUUUGCUGGGGUUUUUUCGUUAAUCGGAGUACACCUGCUCCUAAAGGUAUAGGCUUUUAUGAUCUUGCAGCAGGGAAUUACUUCACUUGUGGAGUUCUCUCAGGGACUUCUAUGUCACCUGUUUGUUGGGGUCUUGGUUUCCCUGCUUCUAUCCCUUUAGCUGUCUCACGGGGACUCUGUAUAAACACUCCUUGUCCACCAGGAACUCAUGAACUCAGUAACCAAGACAACUCGCCUUGCAAAGUGCCUGGCUCUCACAUUUGCUUGCCAUGUAGUCCGAACUGCCCUACUGAAAUGUAUCAGAAAAGCGAAUGCACGGAGAGAUCUGAUCAGGUUUGUCUUUAUAACUGCUCGAGUUGCUUCUCAACUGAAUGCUCUUCAAACUGCUCUUCUGCGUCUACUAGUGGGGGCAAGGCAAGAGGAAAAUUCUGGUCACUGCAGCUACCUAUUGCAACUGCAGAGAUUGGCUUUGCUCUCUUUUUGGUAGCAGUUGUCUCGAUAACAGCGGUUUUAUACAUUCGUUACAGACUGAGGCAUUGUAGGUGCUCAGAAAAUGAUACAAGGUCUUCUAAAGAUUCAGCCUUUACGAAAGAUAAUGGCAAAAUCCGUCCUGAUCUUGAUGAGCUGCAAAAGCGCAGAAGGGCUCGAGUUUUCACUUAUGAGGAACUUGAAAAGGCUGCCGAUGGAUUCAAAGAAGAGUCAAUAGUGGGGAAAGGGAGUUUCUCAUGUGUGUACAAAGGUGUACUGAGAGAUGGAACCACUGUUGCGUUGAAGAAAGCGAUAAUGUCAUCAGACAAACAGAAGAACUCAAAUGAGUUUCGCACGGAGCUUGAUCUGUUAUCAAGACUCAACCAUGCUCAUCUUCUCAGCCUUCUCGGAUACUGCGAAGAAGGUGGAGAAAGGCUUCUGGUUUAUGAGUUUAUGGCACACGGCUCACUGCACAACCAUCUUCAUGGAAAGAACAAGGCCUUGAAAGAACAACUAGAUUGGGUCAAACGAGUAACGAUUGCUGUCCAAGCUGCUAGAGGAAUCGAAUACUUGCAUGGUUACGCCUGCCCUCCCGUGAUUCACCGGGAUAUUAAAUCAUCAAACAUUCUUAUAGAUGAAGAACACAAUGCUCGAGUAGCUGAUUUUGGUCUCUCCUUACUUGGUCCUGUUGAUAGUGGCUCUCCUUUGGCAGAACUACCAGCAGGAACUCUCGGUUACCUCGAUCCCGAGUACUAUCGACUGCACUAUCUCACAACCAAAUCCGAUGUGUACAGCUUUGGAGUCCUGCUUCUAGAGAUCCUAAGUGGAAGAAAAGCCAUAGACAUGCACUACGAAGAAGGGAACAUAGUAGAGUGGGCGGUUCCUUUGAUCAAAGCAGGAGAUAUAAACGCACUCUUGGACCCGGUCUUGAAACAUCCAUCUGAAAUUGAAGCUUUGAAAAGAAUCGUGAGCGUGGCUUGCAAAUGCGUGAGGAUGAGAGGGAAAGAUAGACCGUCGAUGGAUAAAGUGACAACAGCAUUGGAACGAGCGCUUGCACAGCUAAUGGGGAACCCGAGCAGCGAGCAGCCAAUAUUACCAACUGAAGUAGUGCUUGGGAGCAGUAGAAUGCACAAGAAGUCAUGGAGGAUCGGUUCAAAAAGGUCUGGUUCCGAGAACACGGAAUUUAGAGGCGGAUCAUGGAUAACUUUCCCAAGUGUGACAUCAUCGCAGAGGAGGAAAUCAUCGGCCUCUGAAGAAGAUGUAGUGGAGGAGGAGGAUGAAGGGAGGAAACAACAAGAAGUCUUGAGGAGUCUUGAGGAAGAGAUAGGGCCAGCUUCUCCUGGACAGAGCCUAUUCUUGCAUCAUAAUUUCUGAAAAAAAAAAAGUGUUUUCUCAAGUUUUUUAGUAAAAAUGACACAUAUAUAUAUAUAAGUUAUUUUACUCUGAUGUAUAAUGUGUGUUCCUUAAGGCAGGAAUGUAACUAAGAGGCAGAGAGACUCUCUUCAAGGAAGAAUGUAUGAAAUUUUUCUUAACUAAUUAUUACCAAGUU